AUGGUUGGAAACGAGCGUUUUUCGUUCCAAAAAACCGUCCAAUGCCUGGCGCGGGUACUGGCCAUGAUAAAACCAACCCCAUGGGAAAAGGUGCAAACGCUGUUCAAGUACUGUCCUCAGGAGAAUGCAGCUGGUGUGUUCUGCCUGGAUGCUCGGGCGCAGGAUGCGGUCAUUGCUUUGGGGUUGUACUUUUUGGAAAGUGGCUAUCAGUACUCGAAGGAGAUUAUUCCCUAUCUACUGCGGUUAGCCAAGGCACUCCCCAAGGCCGUUUGGAUCGAUGACGUCAAGCCUAACAAAAUCGAUAAAAUUCCGACUGCGGAAAAAUUCAGCUUCUGCCUCAAUAGCCUGCUGUCGGAUAUCGCCGUGGGUUGCCCGGAGCAUCGGGAUGAAAUUAUACUAAACCAGGUCGAGGUGCUCACAGUGCUGACCAACAUGAUCAAGGGGAGCAAAGAAAGCAGCACGCUACCACCGAUCAUCCUCUGCAAGGCCACAGUUCCUUUAUUGCUUGGCUUAAGCCGCUCGAUGGGCCGUUAUUCGGCACACGAUCCGCCCCUUCUGUGCCGGUUGUUCCCGAAGGACGAAAUUCUGGUGGUGAAAUCCGCCGAAACGCCACUUUCUGCGGAUGCAAAGCACAGCACCAGCGUGAGUCAGUUCCGCUCGAUCAUUCCGCGCUCCAUGUCCGGCAGUCUGUCCGUGGACGCGACAGAAGCUGAAAAAUCCGCCAGUAACAACCGCAAAAAGCUCAGCUCUUUCUACUCCACACCGUACGAUCCGACGACGUACUUUUUCGCCAAGUACGGUUCCAGCUUCAACCAGUUCCCUAACAUGCGGUUCUGCGAUUCGGUCGAGAAAAACGACCGACUGCAAUUCCCGAUCAAUCACUUGCAAACGAUUUUCGCGUUGGCGAAAAAGCUGCUCACCAAAGAAACCCUCGAGCACCUGGAUGAGCAAGCGGGCGACAUUUACGCCCUGAAUCAGAUCAAACCGUACGGCUACAAGAGCUUUUCGGAAACUAUCAAUCUGGUCAUGGUGACGCUGUUGCGGGAAAUACUCCAAAACCAAACCGACCUACCAACCCCGUUCACGAAGGACGUGCAGGAAUUCGUGAAGCGGCUGUUCCUGAUCGGCCAAACGGAACUGCAGAACAAGCAACAUGAUGCGCUCGAUCGCAUCCGGGAUCCGUCCAACAUCGUCGUCAACAAGUACAAGAUCAACGUGAUGGCCAACGCGGCGUGCGUCGAUCUACUCGUUUGGGCCAUCGGGGACGAAACCGUCGACAACUUGUGCGACCUGCUAACGAAUCUGCAAGAAAGUUUGUCUCUCACGAUGGGUUUAGGUGAUGGAUACUUUAUCGCCGAUAAACUGUGCAGCCGGUUGUACCAGAAACUAAACUCCGUGCUGGGUCACAAGGUCGUGAUGGAUCAUAUGCCUCUACUGAUGGUUUGCUUAGAGGGCUUGGGUAAGCUUGCGCAAAAGUUCCCCAACAUCGCAGGAACAUCGAUUUCGUACUUGCGCGACUUUUUGGUUGAUCCGAGCCCGAUCCUCACCAAGCUGCACGUUCAGUCGCAGGCGCAAACGAAGAAGGACAAAGAAAAUGCACCCUUCCGAAUCGUGGUGCAAGGAUCUGACUUCAAAGCAUUCGAUCACUCGACGAAACCAAAAGGACUGACAAAAUCCGCACAGGAAGCGUUCGAAGCGCUCCGUGAUGCGGCGAUCGAAAACCUUAGUAUUGCGCUUCGGGCAGCUCACGCCCUCGAUCAGUACUGCGUUCCGGCGCUGGUAGCAAACGUCUCGAAUCGAUUGUUCACCGCCGAAAAACAGGAAAGCGAAUCGAGCCUCGUGUCGCUUAACAUCAUCGUGAUGCUGGGACACGUGGCCGUCGCGCUGAAGGACACUCCAAAGACGACGAACAACAUCCUGCAGUUCUUCAUCCAGCGGUUCUGCAAGGUACCGUCAGAGCAGAACGUCCUGAUCGUCGAUCAGCUCGGGUGCAUGAUCAUCUCCAAGUGCGAACCGCAGGUAUUCGAGGAGAUUAUGAAAAUGUUCUCACGUGUCACCGUGCAGGCGGCUUCGCUCGCUUACUCGACGAACCCGGAGCAAAGGAAGUCGUACCAUCACGUGUCGGAUGCGGUGGUGAACGCGCUGGCCAACAUCGCUGCGAACAUUCAGGGUGAGCUGGAGAUGCUGGAUCUGCUCGGGAAGCUGUUGGAGCUAUUCGUGCAGAUUGGUCUGGAAGCGGAACGAUCGUCCGAUAGUACGUCCGGGGCGCAGAAAGCUAGCUCGAGUGCGGGCAACCUCGGAAUGCUUAUUCCCGUGAUUGCGGUUCUCGUGCGCCGGCUACCACCCAUCAAGAACCCGAAGCAACGGUUACACAAGCUGUUUAAGGACUUCUGGCUUUACUGCGUGGUGAUGGGCUUCACAAAUUCCCGGCUGUGGCCGUCGGAUUGGUACCAGGGUGUACAACAGAUCGCGGCCAAAUCACCGCUACUGAUCUCACAAACCGCCCACCGGUCGGAGAUGCGCGAGCUUAACUACACGUCGGCUAUCCGGUCCGGUAGUGUGAGCCUGAUGGAGCUGCGCAAUCAGAUCCUGCUGCUGCUUGACCAUCCACCGGCGGACAUAACGGCGUGCAUUAACAAGCUCACGUUCGCGCAGUGUGCGUAUCUGUUGAGCGUGUACUGGCUGGAGAUUUUGCGUGUUGAGAACGCAUCCGAGCCGAGUCUGGAGCCGAUUUUGAGUUACCUCUGCGAUAACGCGCUGUUGAAGGAUAAAUACGGCAUGUGGCAGUGCGUCCGGUGCAUCGGAGAUCAGGUGUUUGAGAAGUUCCGCAGCGUGCUGUUGGCGCAGGAUGCGGUACGUGAGAAGGUCCUCGAAUCGCAGGCCAUGUUGCUGCUUGUGUACUUCAACCACAUCCACAAGCAGAUUCAGCUCGUAGCGGAUCAGUACCUAUCGCAGUUGGUUGACAAGUUCCCGCAUUUGCUGUGGAAUCGGAAGGUGCUGUGGUGCAUGCUGGAUGUGCUGCAGUUGUUGGCGUUUUCGUUGACACUCGACCCGAACGAGGAAACCCCGACGUUGCGUGUCGCCUCGACACCGUACACGCUGCAGCUGAUGGACAGCUUGCCGGCACGUGAAAGCCGCGUAAAGGACUUCGCCGAUCGGUGCCAGGGUAUUGUGAACGAGGCGAUGAAAUGGGCACCCAAAUCAACCCGCAGCCACCUGCAGGAGUACCCGAAUCAGGUCCCAUCGACCACGCUUUCGAACCACAGCGGGUUAGCGCUGGCAGUGGACUCGAUCCUGCACACGUGGGUCACGAACGCAUCGAUCCCGACCGCUUCGAAGCGGCCGCAUUGCGUGAACAGCGACACGUCGAAAUUUGUGUCGGUGUUAUGCCUGCGCAGCAAGUACGCCGGUGAAAUCUCCGGAUUGCUGUCGGUGCUGGAGGAUGAAGACAAGAAAGGUCUGGCGGAUCGGCUCGUAAAGGACGUUUGGGAUGCGUGCAGUGAGCGGAGUGACGCGAAGCACCGUGGAGCGUUGUGGCGUGCAACUGCCUAUUUGAUCCUUUGCUCAAGCGCCAACCGGAAGUUGUUGCACGCGAUCUCUUCCUCGCAGGUGCAACUGUUUACCGAGAGCGCUAUGGAGACGGCGGUGGAAUGCUGGCAGUGGAUCCUGACGGCUCGCCAGGAUUUGGAACUGUGUUUCAUUCAGGAGAUGGUGACCGCUUGGCAGACGACGUUCGAUAAACGGAUGGGCUUGUUCUCGGAGGAAAGCGAUAUUACGGGGCCACUGGCGGCACAUGAGGGUUGCCGAUUGGUGCCGAAACCGAUCGUCGUCGCACCCCACCUUAUCUGGUUGCAGCUGCUCUCGGAGAUGGUCGAUACGGCGAAGUACUGCAACCGGGACAAGGUGGAGAUGUUUUGCAUGCUGCUGCACCGUUGUUUGCCGUUUAGCCGCGAUUUCAAACAGAACCGGCACAUUUCGACCGUCGGAUGUCGGUUCAAGCUGUUGCAGUGUGGGUUGUCGUUGUUGCAGGGUAACACCAUCCCGAAAUCGCUGGCCCGGAACAUCCUGCGUGAGCGAAUUUAUGCUAACGCACUCGAUUACUUCUGCGGGCCGCAACUUUGCCCGAGUCAACCGCGGGAGGCACUGCUUGAGGACAUUGCGAUUCUGCUUAAGUUCUGGCAGACGAUGCGUAGCGAGAAAAAGCACCUGGUGGCGUCGGAGGUGAGCGAUUACGAGUUGCAUGCGGCCUCGGUUAACCUGUCCGUGCAGAAGGCGUCCCUUGAUACGGUGUCGCUAGCGGGAAGUGAAGUGGCACGGUCUACGAGCAGCGGGAAUGCCGGAUGGUACAACACGAUCCCUCACUCGACAUCGACCCUUUCGAAGCGUUCGGCACGGAUCAAGCGCCCACCGUACCCGAAGGAUGCGUACGAUAAAGACUACAUGAAGAAACGCAACCUCAUCCUGGAGUUGCUCGCGGUGGAGAUCGAGUUUAUGCUGAUUUGGGCGAAUCCACUCGCUCUGCCCGAGUUGCAGAUCCCGGGUGAAGAAUCCGUGGUCGAAUGGCGCGCUCGGCCACUCAAGCUGAACGUUUGGCGUGAUUUUACGCGGCUCGCGUGGUCCUACAAUCCGGCGUUGGCCGUGUUUUUGCCGCAGCGUAUCCGUAACGCGGAAACGAUCGAGGACGAAGUGACGCGGCUUGUCUGUUCGGAUCCUAUGGCGGCCGUACACAUCCCGGAGGCGCUCAAGUAUCUCGUCACAACGCGGACCGUGUUGAACGAAGCACCAGAACUGGUGUACAUGCUGACGUGGGCACGUGUCAACCCGAUACAGGCGUUGUCGUACUUUUCGCGCCAAUAUCCAACCCAUCCGCUGACGGCCCAAUACGCCGUGAGGACACUCAACUCGUACCAGGCCGAAGCGGUAUUGCCGUACAUUCCGCAGUUGGUGCAGGCGCUACGGCACGAUACGAUGGGUUAUGUAACGGAGCUGAUCAAGCACAUCUCGAAGCGCUCGCAGAUCGUCGCCCAUCAGUUGGUGUGGAACAUGCAGACGAACAUGUACAUCGACGAGGAGAUGCACCACCGUGACUCUCUGUACGACGCGCUGGAAGCACUUUCACAAAACAUCAUAUCGUCGCUGUCCGGUCCAGCGAAGCGGUUUUAUGAACGUGAAUUUGACUUUUUCGGCAAGAUCACCGCCGUUAGUGGGGAGAUUCGUUCCUUCGCUAAAGGACAACCACGUAAAAAGGCCUGUCUGGAGGCGCUGAGUCGCAUUAAAGUGCAGUCCGGAUGUUAUCUCCCAUCGAAUCCGGAAGCGAUGGUGCUUGAUAUCGAUUACAACAGCGGUACGCCGAUGCAGAGCGCCGCUAAGGCGCCAUACCUGGCUCGGUUCCGCGUGCAACGGUGCGGUAUAACCGAGCUGGAAACGAUGGCGAUGGAGGUGUCGAACAAUCCGGACUCGCAGAUCGAUGGCCCGCGGUUGAGCUCACUCGGUCCUGAGGUGUGGCAGGCGGCCAUUUUCAAGGUGGGCGAUGACGUCCGGCAGGACAUGCUGGCGUUGCAGGUGAUUUCGAUCUUCAAGAACGUGUUCCAGCAGGUUGGGUUGGAUUUGUAUCUGUUCCCGUAUCGUGUUGUCGCCACCGCACCCGGGUGUGGCGUCAUUGAGUGCGUACCGAACGCGAAAUCGCGUGAUCAGCUAGGACGGCAGACGGAUUUCGGGCUGUACGAGUACUUCCUGCACCAGUACGGGGACGAAACGUCCAAAGAGUUCCAGUCGGCUAGGAGCAACUUUGUAAAAUCGAUGGCCGCGUAUUCGGUGAUCGGUUAUCUGCUGCAGAUCAAGGAUCGGCACAACGGUAACAUCAUGAUCGAUAAGGAUGGUCACAUUAUUCACAUCGAUUUUGGCUUCAUGUUCGAAUCUUCGCCGGGUGGAAAUAUUGGUUUCGAGCCCGAUCUGAAGCUCACCGACGAGAUGGUCAUGGUAAUGGGUGGCAAAAUGGAGGCCGCUCCGUUCAAGUGGUUCUGCGAUCUGUGCGUGCAGUCGUUCCUCGCCAUACGACCCUAUCAGGACGCGAUCGUGACGCUCGUAUCGCUCAUGCUGGACACCGGUCUGCCGUGUUUCCGUGGCCAAACGAUCACACUGCUAAAGCAACGCUUCGUGCCGACGAAAAACAGCAAGGAAGCGGCCGCUCACAUGUUGGGGGUGAUUCGCAACUCUUACCAGAACUUCCGCACGCGCACGUACGAUAUGAUCCAGUAUUACCAGAAUCAGAUUCCGUACUAAAGCGGAACGACGAUCGGACGAGCGAAUGCGAUCCUCCUGCUAGCGUUAAUGGGUCAAUGGGAAAUGGGCAUUGGUGAGUGGGGCUUCGAUUGUGCUACCAAAGGUAAAGUGGGGAUAGUAUAUUGUGGGAAGGAUUUCGGCCCCCAGGGCCAUUAUCGAUACCGUCUCUUAACGUAAAAUAUUUAUGUGAUGUAGCUAAUCCGGUGUGCGUUAGGCUCUUCUUCUUGUUGUUGUUACUGAAACGAAGGGAAAUAUUUCCGAAUAGUAAUAAAUAUGUCGUGUGGAAUCGA